GUAGUCACUCUGACAGUUCUGUAUCGACCGACAGUAUACGUUUGUUGUUCGCCGAUCGUGUUUCGUUGUGUGUUCUUGUGAAAAGUAGCUUAGGAGCCCGGUGAGAUAUGAAUCUUACAUUCAAACUAAAUACAGGACAUAGUAUUCCAUUGAUCGGUUUCGGUACGUACCAGAUUCGUGGCAACCAUUUGAUCAACGAAACGUUGGACUAUGCUCUAAAGGCCGGCUAUCGACAUAUUGACACUGCCCUCGUUUAUCGUAAUGAGGAGCACAUUGGAAAAGCCCUGCAGACUUUACUUCCAAAAUACAACUUGAAACGGGAAGAUAUAUUUAUUACUUCAAAGUUGAUAUCUCAAUACAAUAAAGACGAACGGUUCAUAGAGGAACUCGUCCUGAAGUCAUUGGACAAUUUACAAACCGAAUACAUUGACCUUUUCCUCAUCCACUGGCCCGGUGUUAACGGCCUGCAAGUAUCUCAUCCCGAUAACGUUCCGUAUCGCAAAAAAGCGUGGAAAGUGCUCUGUAAACUGCACCACGAGGGCAAGUGUCGAUCGAUUGGUGUAUCCAACUAUACGGUCAAGCACAUCCGAGAGCUGUUGGAAGAUUGUAACGGUGUUCGUCCGGCAGUGAACCAGGUGGAAUGGCACCCACACUACUUCCAGCUGGAGCUGCUUGAGCUGUGCAAGACGGAGGGAAUAUUCCUGCAAGCGUACUCUUCGCUCGGUACCUCACUCAGUACCGAUCUGAGGGACGAUCCUGUGGUCGGGGAGGUGGCGGUCCGACUUUGUCGUUCCCCGGCGCAAAUUCUGCUGCGCUGGGCAAUCGAGCGAAACGUCGGCAUCAUACCGAAAGCGCGAUCACGAGAUCACAUCGAAGAGAACAUUGCUCUAGACUUCGAAAUUCCCCCGCAGGAUAUGGAAUUGCUCGAUGGUCUCAGGGUCACUAGUGGUGCGAAAUAUGCGUGGGAUCCGGACACGGUCGUUUAAUGUUUGGUGGAUGACCAGGGUUGCCACAUUUAAAUCUGCAUUUUUCAGAAGAAAAAUCUGUAAAUCUGUAUCGGGAGCUCAAAAACCUGCAUUGAAAAUCUGUAUAUAGAAGUGAUAAGAAAUCGAAACACAACGGAAUGAAAAAGUCUUUAGAACCCAAAUUUGAAGAAACCAAAACUUUUCUUAAUCUGAAUUUUAUGAUUUUGUAAUUGAAAAAACGCUGGAAAUUGUUUUUUUGCGUUGGAGCCUCUCGAAAUAAUGAUUUGACGAAAAACUUUCGAAAUCCAAUCUGAAAGUGAAACUUAAUCUGAUUGAUCAAUUGGCAAUCUUUACGUUAUGGCCGAGGCCAUCAUCUUUUCAUCUUAUCGGAAGCAAUUUUUGAAAGCAUAAGCAAUUACGCUACACUAGUUGUAAAUAAAAGUAAGCAAUAACAAAUUUUUAUUAGCAGAUAGAACAUCUGUGUUUACUGUCUUUACUCUUUUAUAUUUAGUUUUAUCCUCUUCUUAGAAUUAACACACAAUCAGGAUAAUGUUUUCACUUUGAAAAAAUAAUCAAUACCAUUAUUUAAUAUAUUUUAACUUGAUCUUUAUUCAAUUUUUAAUCCACGCUAUCAAAAAUCUGUACAAAUCUGUAUUUUUUGCCAAAAAUCUGCAAAUCUGCAUAUACAGAAUCUUGGUCACAAAUUUAUCUGAAAAAUCUGUAAAAUGCAGAUUAAUCUGUAUAUGUGGCAACCAUGUGGAUGACAGGAUAGAAACGCUUUCAUUGUUCAUUUGGUGCCUUUUAGAGAAGUCAGUUUUAUCAUUCAUAUUUAUUUAAGAACGGUGUACUGUUACAGUUACUUUCUCGCAAUAAACUUUUCAUCUAUUA